AUUUUAUCCGACCUCCAACUCCGCCAACAACACCAGUGGAUAUAUCUUUUACUACUCAAAAUACAUAUUUAAUUUCUCCUCUCUCAGAAACAUCAAAUACAAAUACUUCUGAUCGAUCUCCUCCUUUGCUUCAGUGUUUUGAGCCACUAAAUC